AUGAAUGAGCCAAAGAAAGCUGCAAUUUUAUAUUUUUUAUCAAGUAGUGAUGAUGAAGAUGAGGACGUUAUCGAAUUCAUUUUUAAUACACCUCUAAAAAAUAUUAAACCAAAAAUAUCCAAUUAUAUAAUAGAUGUUGUACACAAUUAUUCCGAUCAACUAUUUAAAAAUCAUUUUCGUAUGGAACGGAGUACAGCCUAUUUUAUUAUAGACAAAUUUGAAGAAUCCAAAUUUUUUCCUAAAGAGAUUCCUUACACAAUUACAGUUUGUUCUCCAGAGACUCAUAUUUUAUCAUAUUUAUGGUUUUCUGCAAACAAAUGUUGUCUACGUGAUGUAUCGGAACGAUUUGGAGUUGGACUCACUACACAGUACCGUAUUAAUAACAGAGUUGUGGAUUUUUUGAUUGAUAUUUGUUCAACAUACAUAAAUUUCAAUGAAGGAUUUGAGAAAUUAGCUCAUGAAUUUCAAAAAAUAUCAGGAAUACCAGGUGUUAUUGGAUGUAUUGAUGGAACUUCAAUUCCAAUCCGAACUCCUGCUCAUAAAAUAAAAAGUACCUAUACAAAUAGGCAUGACACACCUUCAAUUACUCUUCAAGGUGUAUGUGACUACAAAAAGAGAUUUGUUGAUGUAUUUACAGGUGCCCCUGGUAAAAUACAUGAUUCUAGAGUGUUUGCAUUGCGUGCUGUCAUCAUUGCAACAGUGACGCAGACACCGUUAACCACACCCUUUUUGAGUGCCAGUAUUGGAGCGGUCUAA